CCCCUGCCGCAAGCUGCCGAGCCGUGGCGGGAAGCAUGCGGGACUACGACGAGAUGAUCGCCUUCCUGGGCGAGUGGGGGCCCUUCCAGCGCCUUGUCUUCUUUCUGCUCAGCGCCAGCAUCAUCCCCAACGGCUUCAACGGCAUGUCAGUCGUGUUCCUGGCGGGGACCCCGGAGCACCGCUGCCGGGUGCCGGACAGCGCGAACCUGAGCAGCGCCUGGCGCAACCACAGUGUCCCGCUGCGGCUGCAGGACGGCCGCCAGGUGCCUCAUAGCUGCCGGCGCUACCGGCUCGCGGUGAUCGCCAACUUCUCCGCGCUCGGGCUGGAGCCGGGGCGCGACGUGGACCUGGAGCAGCUGGAGCAGGAGAGCUGCCUGGAUGGCUGGGAGUUCAGCCAGGACGUCUACCUGACCACGAUCGUGACCGAGUGGAACCUGGUGUGUGAGGAAGACUGGAAGACGCCCCUUACCUCCUCCCUGUUUUUCGUGGGCGUGCUCCUUGGCUCCUUCGUGUCCGGGCAGCUGUCAGACAGGUUUGGCAGGAAGAACGUCCUCUUCGCCACCAUGGCUGUGCAGACUGGCUUCAGCUUCCUGCAGAUUUUCUCCAUCAACUGGGAGAUGUUCACUGUGUUAUUUGUCAUCGUUGGCAUGGGCCAGAUCUCCAACUAUGUGGUGGCCUUCAUACUAGGCACAGAAAUUCUUGGCAAGUCAGUGCGUAUUAUAUUCUCUACAUUAGGAGUGUGCACAUUUUUUGCACUUGGCUACAUGCUGUUGCCACUGUUUGCUUACUUCAUCAGAGACUGGCGGAUGCUGCUGCUGGCGCUGACGGUGCCGGGGGUGCUGUGCGUCCCGCUGUGGUGGUUUAUUCCUGAAUCUCCCCGGUGGCUGAUAUCCCAGAGAAGAUUUAGAGAGGCUGAAGCUAUCAUCCAAAAAGCUGCGAAAAUGAACAACAUAGCUGCCCCGGGGGCGAUUUUCAACCCUGUGGAGCUACAGGAGCUAAAACCUCUGAAGCAGCAGAAAGUCCUCAUUCUGGACCUGUUCAGGACUAGGAAUAUCGCCACAAUAACCGUCAUGUCUUUGCUGCUAUGGAUGCUAACCUCAGUGGGUUACUUCGCCCUGUCUCUCGACUCUCCUAAUUUACACGGAAAUGUCUACCUGAACUGCUUCCUCUCUGCCUUGAUUGAAGUUCCAGCUUACAUCACAGCCUGGCUGCUCCUGAGAACCCUGCCCAGGCGUUACAUCAUAUCUGGAGUGUUGUUCUUCGGAGGAGGCGUGCUUCUCUUAAUUCAACUGGUACCUGCAGAUUACAACUUCUUGUCCAUCAGCCUGGCGAUGUUAGGGAAAUUCGGGGUCACCUCUGCCUUCUCCAUGCUCUAUGUCUUCACUGCAGAGCUCUACCCAACGCUGGUCAGGAACAUGGCCGUGGGGGUCACGUCCAUGGCCUCCAGGGUGGGCAGCAUCAUCGCUCCCUACUUCGUGUACCUUGGGGCUUACAACAGACUCCUGCCCUACAUCCUCAUGGGCAGCCUGACCGUCCUGAUCGGAAUCGUCACCCUGUUUUUCCCUGAAAGUUUUGGAGUGGCUCUACCAGAGACCUUAGAGGAGAUGCAGAAAGUGAAAUGGUUCAGGUUUGAGAAAAAAACAAGAGAUUCAAUGGACAAUGAAGAAAAUCCCAAAAUUCAAAUAACUUCGUUCUGAUAAAAUGUCUACCCCAUGUGAUGAACUGAAAAACAGAUACAUGGGACUGAAGAAGCCAGAGCCUUUCCUGGUGACAUGGACUGACUCUAACCGUGAAUGGACGCUGCGGUCGAGACAUGCUUGUCAUAUAGAAAGUUCUGGAUGGCUCUUCCAGAUAAUCUCUUUAUUUUUUAAAACUAACAUUUGUAGACAGUCCUCCUUACUAAUUAAUUUGAUGAAAUGGGUUUAUGAGAUUGUUUGAAAAUGUGUCGGUUAAGGACUGGUCAAUGCAUAUAAAGAUUAACACUCAGCUCCAAACAUACAACUGCUACCCAAAUAAAUAGAAUGUCAUUGUACCGGCACAACUAUCAGGUGACAGUAGUGCACGAGUGCGUGUGUAUGUGUGUAAGUGAACCAGCACAUUUAAAAUUAUAGUCGUUUCUGAAGUGAACUGGAUACUUUUAUAAUCAGAUGACUAUAUGCAGCAUUCCUAGCCAGAAAAUUUUAUACACUCCUUUGAGAGGAAUUGAUGACAGGCGUUAACAGUGUUUUGCAAGAGAUCAAGUAGCCUGGCUCCUGUGGCCUGUGGGCCUUUAAGAAGGGAACCGAUGCAGGUCGUAGCUACAAUGUCAGGGGCUAUAGCUCACAGACUAUUAAAUAAGCCACCUUUGCUGUGCUCUUUUUGAGCACGUGACUAAGCCUUCUGUUUCCUCAGACUGGCUUAAGAGCUAUUUUCCUGGUCAACAGAGAAUCAGCAUAACCAAAGAACAGACUGGCGGAGAUGGUUUGUGUACCCCACAGCCAAGCAGGGUCAGCACCCAGGAAGAAGGCUGUCCCCGCCAACCAUCUAGGGAGCCUUUUAAAACACUUCUUUCUGUUAACACACCUUCCUAAGCACGGUCCGCAGCUGUAUCCUCUCCAACCAGGGCUGCAUCUGGCCAGCAAUAGCGGAACCUCUGUUCCAUGAAUGAGAGGCGUAAAAGGUAAAAGCCACUGUAAGCUCGGAAAAUAAAUGUCAGCUCGGUGUCGCACCAUGUUGUAGGCAGGCCGAAUGGUAACACAGCAAGAAGUUACUCAGGGAGACUUGCGGGCAGCGUGCUUUCAUAGGCAGUGGCGUCUUUGAGAACAGCUUGGAGACAAGCUACUGAUGACCCUUCAACUUACCCAGGGCUAUGGUGUCUUCAUGGAAAUAGGCAACCACUGGUUUUUAAUAUACUGCAUGGUGGUAUCCUCUCCUCAAAAUAAUUACCCCUGCAUGUUAACUUUCACUGUCUAAAACACUUUUCAAAUGAACCUUUGACGUAACAUCCUGACACACUCAUUGUUCCACUUAUUGAUGGAUUCAUGGGUGACCCCCUGACCCGGGAUCAAACCUGCGAUCUUGGUGUUUGACGCUCUAACCAACUGAGCUACCUGGCCAGGGCAACACUCAUUUUGAAAUUCUUAUCUUAAAGUUUUCUGAUUAGCUCAGAACUUUUUCUCUGUACUGCCAUAUUUCUAUUAUGCAUUUUAUAUCCUACUGACACACUGAUCCUACAUUUUGGUUGUUACUUAAAAUCCACUAGAAUAUCUUAUAAUAAUAGUCUGUGCUUUGUCACUGGGGACACAGGCGACAGUUUUAUCCGGCUAGCGCUUUUAUCUCCCCAAUCCCUGCAGCUUGUCUGAUCGCCAUUCCACCUACCCCGCCGGCACCAGGCUGGCUGCCCAAAGAAAGGACGCCAUUCCGACCCCAAGAGGCUCUCCUUGAACUCCAUUCCCACCAGCAGUGACUGCGAGCUCCGCUGUGCUCUCUGGUUGUGUUAGCCUCACUCGGGUGGGCUCAUUUCUUGUUACCCCCAUCCCCACCUCCACAUGGCUGUCAGCCUUUUGGAGGCUGGGCGCCUUGCCCUGCUUAUCUUUGGAUAAAUAUUUAUUUUAAUUAAAUUACCCUAUAACCCUAGCUUGAUAAAAUGUUAUUUUUGAUACAUAGAUAUUUGCAUAUUUAAACACCUGAAUAAGAAAGUGCUCUUUUUCUAAAUAUAAAAAGGAUGUGAUAACUACCUUUUAUUGCUGUUUGUAUGGGUGCUUUAUAUUAUUUAAUAGGAAGAGAUGACUUUUUUAGUAUGUUUCUAAAAAGGCAACAAGUACCCAACUGAUUAUCUCUUUGAUAGUUCAAAGACCAAACUGAUCAAUACAUGCCAAAAUAGUAUUGUUUAAUUCAAAAUAUAUUCCUGAUUUUUAGAAACUACUUUUAAAGUUGGUCUACAAAGCAAGUUCCUAAACUUGCUUGUGAACAUCAGUCUCGGACUGACAGCCAACAUCACGCCGCACCUUAGAGUGACGUGCUAGAGGCAUCCCGUCAACAGAAACUUGAUGGAUAUGUGUUUUUAGCACUCGUUCUUUUCAACAGUUUUGAGUAGGUUUUAUUGUAGUCAUGCCAUUCUAUUUUUUAAAUUCAAGAGAAUUAACUAAAAAUCUUAAACUUAAUAGGUUCAGUUCAAGUGGAGGCACAUAAGAAGUACUUACUUUUU